CAACUGCGCACAUAAAAACCGAAUUGAAUUUUGAAAAAUUAUGGCCAAUUCGACUGAAGAUCUCGUUUUUAAAAACCUCAAUGCUGAUGAUGUUGACCAUACGGUUACUGAGAUUGAAUCAUGUUGCAUGAAUUGUUAUAAAAAUGGCACCACACGAAUGCUUCUCACCAAAAUACCGUUCUACAAAGAGACAAUCAUUGUAUCAUUUUCGUGUGAACAUUGUGGUUAUGAGAAUAAUGAAAUCCAGCCGGCUGCUGAAAUUGAACCGAAUGGCUGUCAAAUCACGCUUAAAGUGAAGACAGUGAAAGACCUGAAUCGUCGUGUUGUAAAAUCGGAUCGAACGAGUGUGCGAUUCGUUGAGUUGGAUUUUGAAAUACCGUCCCAGUCGCAGAAAGGUGAAGUAACAACUAUUGAAAGUAUUAUUAACCGGUCGAUUGCCGGGCUUGAACAAGAUCAACCCGUUCGUCGUGUUCAACAUCCAGAUGCUGCCGCACAAAUUGAUGCUUUUGUUGAGAAAUUGCGUAGCCUUAAGUCGGUUGAUACACCAUUUACGAUAGUUUUUGAAGAUAUUUCCGGAAAUUGUCGUGUAGAAAAUUUAAACGCACCAAAUCCAGACCCUGAUUGCAUAAUGACACACUUUAAUCGAACGAUAGAACAGAAUCAUGAGCUUGGCAUGUUUACACAAACCGAACUCAAUGAGGAAUCAGAAGCAAAAGCAGAGAAUAGUACGAAUAUUUUGAAACCGAUCGCUGAAGAUGAAUGGCCAUUGGAAGAGUUGCAUGGCGAGGUGCUACAGUUUCAUACCGAUUGUCCCAGCUGCAAGUCUAAGUGUGAGACUAACAUGAAACUCACCAAUAUUCCACAUUUUAAAGAGGUUGUCAUCAUGUCGACAAAUUGUGAUGUGUGCGGCGCGAGGACCAAUGAAGUCAAGUCCGGCAGUGGUAUCGAAGAUCAAGGUGUUCGGAUCACAGUGAAAAUUGAUGGCAGAGAAGAUAUGAGCAGAGAUGUUUUGAAGUCUGAUACGUGCACUAUUGAUAUACCCGAGUUGGAUAGUGAAUUCGGUGCUUCAGGACUGGGCGGUCGUUUCACAACAGUCGAAGGUAUACUGGACGCGAUUCGUGAGCAAAUCAUCGAUAAUAGCGCCGUCUUCCACGAUUCAGCUGACGUUGAAUCCAAGUUGAAAAUCGACAAAUUCUCCGAGACACUGCAAGAAAUCAUGAGUGGAAAACGGGCAGUUACAUUGAUUCUGGAUGAUCCAGCUGGAAAUAGUUAUGUGCAGGCCUUAACGGAUGAUGGCAGUCUGGACGAACGGUUAAAAAUCGAACGAUAUGAUCGUUCAUUCGAACAGAACGAAGAAUUAGGUCUUAAUGAUAUGAAAACCGAAAACUAUUCAUAAGAAAUGCAUCAAACAUUGGAAGAAAUAUGAAAGAAAAUAAAUGUAAUAAUUCUCAUUAAAUCAAA